AUGCUCGGCACGGUGAAGAUGGAAGGGCACGAGGCUCCGGACUGGAGCGGAUACUACAGCGAGGAGGUUUACUCUCCGAUGACGGGCGGUGGGAUGGGUUCUGGUCUCGGGAUGGGCUCCAUGUCGGGCUACAUGUCAGGCAGUGGGACUACGUCAGGCUCCUUCAACAUGUCGUACAGUGGGAACGGUCUGAGCCCCGCCCCAGCGGGGGGAAUGUGUGGCCCGGCUCCAGCAGCGAUGUCGGGUCUGGGUGGUGGCGUGGCCUCGAUAGGUGGGACUCUGAGCCCGUCCAGUAUGAGCUCAGUGUCAGCCCAGCAGGCCUCAAUGGGUCUGAACCCGUACGGGGGUAUGAGCCCCACCAUGAGCCCCGGCAUGGCGUAUGGCGGUGGUGGGCUGAACCGAGGCCGCGACAACAAGGGGUUCAGACGCAGCUACCCGCACGCCAAGCCGCCCUACUCCUACAUCUCUCUCAUCACCAUGGCCAUCCAGCAGGCGCCCAGCAAGAUGCUGACGCUGAGCGAGAUCUACCAGUGGAUCAUGGACCUGUUCCCGUACUACCGGCAGAACCAGCAGCGCUGGCAGAACUCCAUCCGGCACUCGCUGUCCUUCAACGACUGCUUCGUCAAGGUGUCGCGCUCGCCGGACAAACCGGGGAAGGGCUCGUACUGGACCCUGCACCCGGACUCUGGCAACAUGUUCGAGAACGGCUGCUACCUACGACGCCAGAAGAGGUUCAAGUGCGAGAAGAAGAUGCCGACGAAAACUGAUGGCAGAAAGGAGCAGGGGGGAGGAGCGUCCCCCUGUGGGGACUCCAGCAAACCUCCAGGACUCCUGGACUCCUCCCUGCCCUCCUCCAGCCAGGCGCCGUCGCCCCCUGGUCUGGACCUGCGAGGAAGCAUCGGCGGGCUGUCGGACUUGAAGGUGUCUGGCUCCCAGCUGCUGUCCUCCCUGUCGUUACCCCCCCACUCCAUGGCGCAUGAGUCCCAACUGCACCUCAAAGGAGACCCCCACUACUCCUUCAACCACCCCUUCUCCAUCAAUAACUUAAUGUCGUCCUCAGAGCAGCAGCACAAACUGGACCUGAAGGCCUAUGAGGCGCUGCAGUACUCCUCCUACAGCGCUGGGGGUGCCUCCGGUCUUGGGGGGAGGACCAUGGAGACCCUGGAGGCCUCUUACUACCAGGGGGUGUAUCCCAGACCGCUCCUCAACACUUCCUAG